AUUUCAAAUGGCCGGCAAAAGUAAAAAGAAACGAAAUAGCAAAGAUUCUACAUCGAGCAACGCGGGAAGUGGCGAAGGCGAUGAUAAGAAAAAGAAGGAAGGCGUUGGUGGCAGUAAGAAAAAAGGUGGAGUGGGCAAGUCCAUUGGCUGUGAUAUAUUCAAUGAUGCCGCAAUGGAGAAUGCCUACUAUGUGUGCCACAAUGUGCAGGACGUGCUAAAAACUCGUGGUUUUCCUUGGCCGGAUGGACAAAAGAAAAAGAAAAAGGGCAAGCGUUGAGAAACACUAUCAAAUAUAAAUAUGAAUCUAGUAUGACUGUAUUGAUUUAUUUACAAAACUAACAACAAUAUGUAAAAUUCAUUCGAUUGAGAUUUCAUACACACCUUUCAUUCACAAAUACGGCUCAACUGCACGAUUGUAAAAGGGCAAAAAUAUUUGUACCUGUGUUUCUAUUUAUACCAGUCCAAACCAAGUCGUCAUCAUCAAUUUAGAACCAAAAACAAUUUCUCAAAGCGCAGUCAACGCAACGCCAAACGUCAGCAUCAACACUUUCUAGAACAAACGUCAAAAUCUCCAAAAUACGAAACCAUAUCAAAAUUGUCGGCGUGUGAAAAUUACAUAUAACAAAAAGAAAAAAACAAAACACAUUUAGACUCGUUUUGUAGAAUUGCCAAAAAAUCUGUGAAGG